UAAAGCGAUCGAACAGAUCAAAUUCUAUAUCAGCAGACCUAAAGGUCACCCCGGCAUCACCCUGGCUAACGAUUUGUCAGGAAGUGCCGGCCCCGGUGGCGGAGUGGGCUCAGUAGGCUCCUCCGUAGGAAGUUCACUGUCGACGACGGCGCUGAGCUUGGAUCACCAGCAGUUUAACAUAUUCCCAGCGAUCUUCAGCAGACAGUUGAAUUUCUCAGCAGCGAACUGCGGUCAAAACAAACUCAUGGACGAGCUAAGGCCAAACCUCGGUCUUCUGGGAGUCGGCCUCGUCGAAAACGACUCGUUUCACCUAAACCAUAACCAGGAAAAACGGAAAUGCAGCAGUACCAGUUCCAACGAGCAGGACUUUGGUCUGUACGGAGUUCAUCAGGGUCUCGAAGCCAGUCCACCGACGCCGGCGGCGACACCAGGUCGAAACAGCGUCGGCGCCACUACAACCGUUGGAGCAGAAGGGGCCUUCAAGAAAUUGAAACCAGAACCUUGUGCAUCGAGUCCACACAUCGGCCACACACCGACAACCGCUAGUUGCCCGACGCCUGCACGACGGCGUCACAGAACCACCUUCACCCAGGAACAACUAGCAGAACUCGAAUCAGCCUUCGCGAAAUCCCAUUACCCGGACAUCUACUGCCGGGAGGAGUUGGCGCGGAGCACCAAACUUAACGAGGCCAGAAUUCAGGUGUGGUUCCAGAACAGAAGAGCGAAAUACCGCAAGCAAGAAAAACAGUUGCAAAAAGCUUUGGCGCCAAUUCCUGCCUGCCAAGGAGCCAUGAUGCGCAACAUUUAUCCCGGAGCAGGGAGAGGAUACCAACCUUACCCUCAUCCGCACAACGGCAUUAAUGGAAUUAAUCGUUAUCCUCAGAUGGGGACAACGUCGUAUCCCAGCAUGACGCAGCCCUUCUCCAUGUCACAUUCUGCCACAAACAUGUCAGCGGUUACUGGAAUGCGACAGGAUGCCAUGGGCAUGUCAGCGGAAGACGAGUGGUACAACAAAAGUAUUUCUGCGCUGAGAAUGAAUACGGCCCACCAUCCAAAUCUCGCCGCACCAAUGCUGCAAUAUCAAACAUAAUUUUAGAGAUUCAAGUAAAACACAUCUCUCAUACACUUGAGAAUGAUCGCAUUAAUACACUGUUUUCUUUCGUCAACUCGGGACCAUGCAGCGUAUAUAUUACGACGUGACACGAGAACCCGAUCUGAAU